GCGGGAGGAGCCUUCGCACCCGGCCGCCGGGGCAGGGGGGCUCCCGGGCCGGGGGGGACGCGGUUACCCCCGCCCGGCCGCUGUCCCCGCCCGGUUCCCCCCGGCGCGCCCCUCGGGCUGCAGCGGGGGCGACGGUGCCGGACGAGCCCGUGCCAGCAGCCAUGGGGUUAACGGGAGGCAGCGAGCGAGAGAGACAGAGACAGAGAGAGAGAAAGAGGGGCUGGACCAGUCCUCGGCAGCUGUUUAUUUCAAGGCAUCUCUCGCUCCCUCUCCCUCAGCCAGGGCUCAGCCUCAUCAAACCUUCCUCCUCCUCCUCUCCUUCCUUCGUCCUGGCCAUGAGAGGCACCGGCAGCAGCAGCCGUGCUCCCCCAGCCCCCUGCUCCGCCACCCCGGCUGCGCCCCACUCGUCUCCCCGCAAGUGAAGAAGAUGAGACAGGAUCCUCGCUGAGCAAAGACGCGGUUGCACCUGAGAUGGAGCCUAGUGCCUGCAGGAUGCCUCCGCUCCUCUCCUGUGUCCACUCCCUGCAGCUUUGGCAUCUCCUCCUCCUGGUCUCGGCUGUCCCUCCUCCUGGUGUCUGGUCUCUUCGCUCUCGGGGCCCAGGGGCUGCUCGGCCUCUUUGCACCCGUCGGAGCCCCUCGGCCCCGCGGUCCAUUUGCAUCUGGGACAGGACCUCGCUGCCGGAGAGGGAUUCUCGCUUCACCCCGCCGCGCCAGCGGGCCCUGGCACCCAGAGGGGGAGAGCUGCGGCACGUCGUGCGGCUGAGGCGCCAGGCAGCGGGGGCCCGCCCUGCCACCCCCUCCGGAUUUGAGGACGGCAUGCCCUCCUCCCAGUACCCCUGGGCCAUCGUCUGGGGCCCCACAGUGUCAGAUGAGGACGGAGGGGACACCAACUCGGCCAACCCGGGCUUCCCGCCGCUGGGAUACACCUUUGUCUCGCCACACGGGAUGGCAACGGCGCAGCCCAAUUCCCACUCGCUCCUGCACAACGCAGGGCUCAACUUGCGCGAGACCCCGGCCACCCUGCGGCCCUUCUUGUUUGGGCCCCGGGGAGAAGGUGUGGACCCCCAGCUGUACGUCACCAUCACCAUCUCAAUCAUCAUUGUCCUGGUUGCCACGGGGAUCAUAUUCAAGUUCUGCUGGGACCGUAAUCAGAAACGCCGGCGUCACUCAGGGCAGCAGAGCGGUGGGAGGCAGCAGGAGAGCCAACAGCCCCUCACGGACCUCUCUCCCACCACUGUCAGCAUCCUGGGGCCCUACGGUGACUCCCUGGCCCCCACGCCUGAGGCAGACGAGUCUGGGAAGGGCCAGGAGGGUGUGGAGAAACUGGGGGGCCACGGGAAGAGCACGGCCUUCCAGCUGAACCGAAUCCCACUGGUGAACCUGUGAUGCUCACAGGAGACGCAGAGCUGGCUCCCUCCACCCUCCUGUCACAGCCGGCGAGCACAGACUCCUGCCACCUCUGCUACCCCGGGAUAAAACGACCUCCUUGUGCCACGGCCCGCCACCACCAUUAUUAACCAACUCCACCAGGAUGUGCCUGGGCAAAUGGAUGAGCUGGGCCUCCUUAGCCUCCUCACGCAGGACGGGGUGAUGAGAGAGCAGGAUGGCGGGAGGGAAGACAGCUGGUGGUGGUGCGAAAGCUUGGCCUCCCCGGUCCCUCUCCUAGCACACACGCACGCACACACACACACGCACACUUGGAUCUCUGUGACACUCUCAGCAGUGCAUGCCUGACACUGGGGGUAGGCAAGGUGGAAAGGCGUACCCCUGUCCCUGUGGGCCCUAACCCCUCUGUAUGUCCCUUCCCAUGUUGUGUGCUUUGAAGUGAACGUCUGGAGUUUAGUGGCUGCAGGAUUGCCCGCCGGGGCUCGGUCUCCCCUGAGCCGUGACUCAGGUGGUGGCAGGUUCUUCUGUACCCAAGGCUCUGGCCCUCCUGAGGGUCCCAAGGGUGGGUGAAGCUUGGGCAGAAGAGGCUCACAUAGCACCUGGGCCCCCUCAGCAACCCAUAUCCUUGAAGGAAACAUUGCCUCCCCCCUAGAUGGAAGAUAUUCACAUCUUUCCGUUUUCUUUUUGCCUAACACUCCUCUGGUUUUUUUCUCUUCAGUUUGUAUCUUUCUUCAUCUUUCUCUCUCCAAAUUUUUUCUUUCAGUUCCUCCCCCUGCCGUUUCUCUUGCCAGUUACAGUUCGAAAAGGCUCCUUUUAGCUUUUCAAAAGUUUUGGUCUCUUGGAAGCCUCCUUGCUGUCCCACUCCACCCCUUUGGUCUCCUUCGACAAGGAUUUUCUGAAGAACAUCAGCUCACGGUGGUAUUCUUCAGAAAAUCUGAGGCAAAGCCCUCGGCCCAUCAUGUUACUUAAAAAGUGUGUUGUACAUUGGGUUACUGCCAAAACAUUUAAAGCAUGGCAUGCAGAUAUAACUGGGCAUAAGGAACUUGAGUUUUGCUGGGCUGAGGUAGGGAAUUGCUUUCAGACACUCAUGCCACAGGCAACGAGCAGCCAACAUGACUCUGUGUGCCUGGGAUGGCAAAGAGCAAUUUAGACUUGACCUUGGAAACGUUUGGAGGGUUGCCAUGUACUGCUGGUAGGUCUGUCCUAGAAUGCAAGGUGACUGGAGGCUCACAAGGCAACGCUCACCACGGGCAUGAGAGAGGGGAUAUCUGCAGUGCCAACCUUCAUAAGUGUAUUGCCAAAACCUAUGGCACGGGUAUUGGUGCAAACUGAUUGCCUGAGCAUGUACUGUGGUGGUCUGUAUGGCAGGCAGCCACAUUGUCGACUACUUGUGUGAGCAAGAUCAGUGCGUUUUAACCUCCUCCUAUGUGUGGACCCAUGGAUGUCACUUUGAGGAAGUGUGAAAUGGCAAAUUUCAGCUUAAUGACAAUAGUUUCUCUCCCUUGGCUUUUGUGGACACCUUCAAAGUAAUUCACAGAUCCCCCAUUGACAGCCACUGAGCUGAAAUGAUGCAGAUUUAGGUAAGGUUGCCCUUAUACUGUACAAACACCAUCAGCUGCUGGGCUGAUGUGGCCAGAGACAGAAAUCUCACCCACAAUUUGAAGGUGCUAAUGCAAGGUCUCUGACAAAAGCCAUGUUGGAGAAAAAGGAAAUUGCUCUUUCAUCUUUUAUCUCUGCAGUAAAAUCCUAUUCUUUGUAGGACAAAGCACAGGGAAUUUCAUAAGAGGACUGGUUCUGCCCCUUUACCCAGCAGAACUAUUAGGUGAUCUUGGGUCCCAUCUGACUCACUGUGAAGAACAUUCAAAUGAGAGUGUAAAUUGCAAUAGGCUUCACAAAAAACAGUAGAGAUUUGGAGAAAAUGACAGGUUAAAUAAAAUUACUGGCUUAUUAAAAGCACAGAAUGGCUGAAAGAUGUAGGUGGGAAAGGACUCUGGAGGUCUCUAGUCUUAGUACAGGUUAAGUCUCUGCUUAUAGCAGGGGAUAUUACUGCUUUACCCUAGAUCGAUUUAUUACUGAGCCUGUUCUCAUUCAGGCUCCAUUCAGAGCUUUGUUGGACGUUCAAGCUGCGGAUGGGCAGGUCAGGGAAGGGGGCAGAUGGCUGCUCCCACCUGCUGCCCCACUCACCACAGCCCCUGAGAGCUGAGAGCAGCUCAGGGCUCUUCCCCACCCUCCCUGGCACAUCAGUGCCGAGCAAGGACAUCUGUGUGCAGUCUGCACGAGCCUGCACUGCUUAUUGCUGGCAGUUUACAAUAUAAUGUCUUGAACUGGUUUAAGUAAUCUUUCAGACCAGAUUAAUUAGAUUGCUCUUUGAUCAAUAGCACUUGUUGAAACAAGGCCAGAGUUUAGACUCUACCACUUCAAGAGCUGUCCUUGGACUUUCCACACGCUGCAUGGAGAGGUUCUUUAAGAAAGUAGCAGGGCACUGCAGGAGGCACAGUGAAAACAUUUUCCGACACCUGAUGUGGGGAAGCCCUGUGCUCUGCUGGCCAGGCUUUUGUAAACUCUACAAACAAAUCAGAUUUCGGUGUUUUGGGUUGUUUUUCCCCCCUUAAUGUGACUCUGUUUUUGUUAAAAGUAACUCCAGGGAAUGAAGCCCUCCACGGAUGCUGUGGUAAGGGGGAAGCUGGGAAAUGCAGUAGAGGAAAUUCUUACAAUGACAGAAGCUUGGAUAUGCUGAACAUCUUUUCUAAGACCAUUUUUUUCUAGCCAAAUAUGUUUUUAUGACAGUCAUUCAGUCUCUCUCACAAAACAGGUUAGAUAUGGGAAACAACUUCAUUGCCCUGCCCAAAUUUUCAUUGCUACAUUUUGUCCCUGGAACAGAACAUUCAAAGCAUGUGUGGACACAGGAGCUUCUUCCAGUUGAUGAUCUCACUGGGUCUGUUUUCUCUACGGCUGGAGCCUUAUAAACUAUCUUCCCCUAUGUAGACUGGAGCCAGAGCAUGCCUGCAGUCUCUUCCCUGACCCAGUCUAAUAUUCUGUGGGAUGUGCACACAGAUGGGUUGACAGCACCAACCACCAAGCCAGGGCAGCGGCCAGCACCUUCUCAGUUACAGCCCAUCAGGUUUCCCUGUCUUUUAGGUAACUGGAGGAGAAAGAUCUGGAUUAUUUUUUUCCAGUGGAAAUUUUACAGAGAGAAAGGCGUGCGGGGAAAACGACUGAAAGUUGUGCUGACCCUGCCCAACGUUUGUGUGCAAUUAAAAGGAAAUGCCUGGGUGGGUUGGGUGAGUUGAAGGCACCGUGUCUGCACUGAGCUCCUGGAGAGAGGUGGCUUUGUUAACGCAAGGGCGGUCUCUGUGAGCACAGUGGGAAGGAGAGAAAGGCUGGGGGAGAACCCCUUCCCUCCACCCGGUAUUGCUUCAGGGCAGGAACUGGAGUCUCUCCCUGUUUACCCAGCAGGGUGGCAUGAUCACAGGGCCAAAUCCUGCUUGGGCUUUCCCAUCUGGUCGGUUGUGUCUAGUAGGCAGGGGAGCAGACCUCCAGUGUGUGCUUCCACAAUGCUCCUCUGGUCCAGUUGACAGAGACUCGCGUCCAGCCAAGCAUCCCAUGGCUUCAGAGAGGGUUAUCUACCUCUUCCUCAAUGGCACCUAAGUGCCCUUGCAAAUCUGGUCCUUUCAUUCCCCACUCACUUUCCCAAUAAGGAAAAAUGCUUGGAAAGGAGCAGUUUGUUCAGUCCCCACAAGUUCUCAAACAUGAUCACCCCCAGACUACUCUGAAUUAAACUAUGGCACUGCCUUAGAGCCGAGUCCUGCAGCACAGAAGUCCUGGGCCACACUCCAGCUCCCCGACUGCACCCCUGCUGACGCCUCACUGUAGUCCUGGCCUUACCUUGGCAAGACCAUAGAGGGGGCCCCCUUUCUUCACUGACUGCUGGCUCUCUACUCCUUUUUUCCUAUUGUUUCCCCUCUCCCUCUGUUUGCCCGCUCCCCACUCCUGUCCUGUACCAUGGUCUCCCUCUUGGUUAUCUCUCCCUUCCUGCUGUUUUGCUCUCCCCACUCCUUUCUUGUUCUCCCUUUGCCACACAGUCUUGUUCUGCCGCAGCUCUCAUCCUCCUCUCUGUCCUCACUCCUGCUUCCCUGCUCGGUCUCGCUCUUCCCCCUCCCCUGCCCUUGUGCGCUGUGAUAUAUAUUUUUGUAGGAUUUCUCUUUUCCUUGUCGUGAAAUAUUCAAUUCUUGUGGGAUGUUAGUUUCAACAUUUUUAAAUAAACCUUUGCAAAAUACUGAAA